CAGGACCAGCUCGUCCUCGCCUCCUCCCUUCCCUCCCUCCCUCUCGUUUCGUGGCGCGCUAAAAACGAAAAGAAACAACCGAACAAAACAGAUAGGGAAAGACGGGGAGGAGGAGGAGGAGGACGAGGGCGACGACGGCUGCUGAAGUCACGUAAUGGAGCGUGGGAGGGAAAACUGGCGUUGACCAGACCUGAUACGACCUCGCCGGAGGAGGUGACGACAUGCGGCUGAUCGACCGCUCCGACUCCCCCCAGGACGUGGCCGCCGCCGUCGUAUGCUCCGCCCUCCUCGUCCUCUCCGCUGCCUCCGCCGCAGCCGUUCUUCGUGUACGCCGCCUCUGCCGCAGGCGCCUCCACGACAUCGUCAACCCGCUCUGGUCCGUCCGCCUCGUCCUCCUCCUCUUCGCCUCCAUCUGGUCCCUCUCCGACAUCCUCCGCUCCCCAAUCUUCCGACGUCGCCUCCCGCUCCCCUUCCGCCGCCGCCUGGACAUCCUCUGCCACGCCCACCUCGUCGCCACGCAGGCUCUAGCCGAGCCCGCCUUCCUCACCGUCGUCCUCUUCCUCCUCCGCGCCUCCAUCCGCCCCAAACCAGCCUCCUCAGCCUCCGCAUUCGCUGCCGCCAUCGCCGCCGCGCUCGUCUCCGCCCUCCCAUUUCUCACCCUUUACUCUCUCUACCUCACCGUCUCUACCUGGGACCUCCGCCGACUUAGCCUCCCCCCCGUCCUCUUCGGCCCCAGCGACGGCGGUGUAACUUCGAUCUCUUCCUCCGCCGCCGCGGCCUACCAGUGCACGUACCCGCUCAUCGGCGCCGUUCUCCUCGCGGUACUGGGCGCGGUGUACGUACCGGUCUUCAUCUCCGCCUCGUGGGGAGCGGUGUCGGUGGUCAUAAACCGGCGGCUGAGGGCGCGGCUUUACGCGCUCUCCGCCACGGUGGUGGGUGCGCUCUCCGUCCAGGUGGCUGCUCUCACCUUCUCAACGCUCUGCAACCCUGGCGACACCGCGUUCCAGUGGCUCUCCCUCGCCGCCGCCGUCGCGUUCGCGACGUUAGCAGCAGUCGGCGAGGCGAUCCUGGUCGUCUGGCCCAUCAUCGAUGCGCUCUCCGUCGGCAAGACGGAGGAGGCAACACCGAAGCACAUGCAAAGCACGUGCGUGGUGGGUGUGCGGGACGUGGCACAGGAGGAGGGGGAGGUGGACGGCGGGUGGUCUGACCGCUAACGGUGGCAGUUUCCAUGGCCUUUGACUACUAUAAUCGGGUUGGGUGAUCGUAUUUACUUCCCUUAAUUUUUUUUUUGCACCUUGAAUUGUGGACAUAGAAAUUCUUCUUUUUUUUUUCGGCGACAAAUUUGUUCAGUC